GAAUUGUGUUUUGGCCCCCUAAUACCCAAACCCUCUUUUGACCGGAUCGCAACCGCGCACCCGAAACGGCCUAGUCUCUUCUGGCCCACUUUCCCAAAGGGGCAAUUUGGCUCCAGUCGUGAAGCCAUACAAAAUGAAGCCAGGAGUACAGAUAAAAUGGACUCGUUCGGCCAGGAAUCCCUGGACCAGGAUCCAGUUUCAGUGACCUCGGGCCAGACUCCAGCAUGACCGUGUCGACGACCAACAACUAUGUGGUGACCAACCGCGGGAGCGUCAUCGAGAACCGACACCAGGUACAUGCCGUGGUGACCGAUGCCACCGGUCGCAUUCUGUAUGGGGUCGGCAAUCCCAAGCGAAUCACUCUGGCCCGGUCGGCAGCCAAACCCGCCCAGGUCCUGGCCAUUCUUCAGACCGGCGCCGUCGAGCAGUUCGGGUUCGACGAGGAGGAUCUGGCCCUGAUGUGCGCCUCCCACAGCAGCGAGGAUCACCACAUUGCCCGCGCACGAGGCAUGCUGGCCAAGGCCCUCCUGGACGAAGGGGAUCUUCGCUGUGGGGGUCAUCCAGCUAUCUCGGAGGCUGUCAAUCGUACCUGGAUCAAGCACGACUUUAUCCCGACGGGCAUCUGCAACAACUGCUCCGGCAAGCAUGCUGGGAUGCUAGCGGGCGCCAAAGCCAUUGGAGCACCAACCGCUGAUUACCACCAGGCGGAUCAUCCCUUUCAGCGACAGGUCAAGGACGUUGUGGAGGAACUAGCGGGUCUAGAGCAGGACGGCGCUCAAUGGGCCAUCGACGGUUGCAACCUACCCGCCCCAGCUUUUGCACUCCAUCAUUUGGCUCGCAUCUACGCGCGGAUCGCUCACGCCGCGGACUGCGCCGCAUCAGUUUCUGCGUCCACACAAACACAGGCCCUGGGUCGCAUCUUUCAUGCCAUGGCGCAGUAUCCAGCGUUGGUGGGAGGCACAGGUCGGUUCUGCACAGAGCUCAUGGAAACAUUCGCUGGGGCUCUGAUUGGCAAGGUCGGGGCGGAUGGCUGUUACGCAGUCGGACUCCGCGCCUCGGACCAGACUCGACGACUUGGGGCAGACGGGGCCAUUGGGAUUGCAGUCAAGAUUGAGGACGGGAACCUGGACAUUCUCUACGCAGCGGUAGUCGAGAUCCUCGGCCAGUUCCAGAUCGCUGCUCCCGACCAGCUGCAGCGACUAGCUGCGUUUCAUCGACCGCAGAUCCGGAACACAGCUGGUGUUGUUACGGGACAAACUUCACACCAGUUUCAGAUGUUGUCGGUUUAGUAUCUGCAUUUCUCAUAGUUCCGGUCGUUUUAUGAACAGUGAGAUAUGAGGUGUACGAACUAGUCCCUGAAUGACCUCUCAGAGUGGUCUGCCGUCUAUCAAGCCUGCCAGCAAUGCGAUAUCUAGACAGACCUCAGACCUCAGACGUCAACUUGGAUAUAGCACAUACAAAC